AUGCUGACGACUGGAACAUCGCACACAGGAUCGCUACGUGACGCCUAUGGAGCAGAAGAGACAGUUGGAGAUCUCGUGCCGACAGGCGUGCCAUAUCUAGACUUGCUCUGUCUGGCUCGUGCAAAUGCUCAGGUUCUCCUUCGGCUGUGCCCACCAUCCGUUGGCAUCGGCGGAGAACACCAUGUUGAUUUGCUGUGCCUCGACAACAUCCUGGACACCAUCAUCUGGUUUUGGAUGAGUCGAUCGAUGCCGCUGCUACCUUUGCCUGACAGUUCUUCUGCUUCCGAACCGGCGGUUCUGAUGCUGACAUCAGGUACGACUGGGAGAGCCAAGGCGGUACAACUCAGCCAUGAUCAAAUACUGGCUUCGCUAGAAGGCAAAGCCAAGUCUGCAGGACCACAAAGCGGCGGUCCCUACCUCAACUGGAUCGUCAAGGACCACGUAUCGUGCCUGACCGAGAAUCAUCUCCUCGCGAUGUACAUGGGUUUCUACCAAGUGCAUCUCUCCGCGGACGAGGUGCUGUCCAACCCUGUGCAGCUACUGAAUAUGGUCAGCCGCCACCGGGUUUGGCGAACCUUUGCCCCUCAUUCUUUCUUGGCGAAGUUAUCCAGGGAGCUCGUGUUGGAACAAACAUCGUCGUCGGAUGGAGAUCUAGAUCUUGGAUGUCUGCAAUGGCUUGACUCGGGUGGGGAAGCAAACACAGUGGAUGUCUGCGAGGCAUUCCAGACACAACUCGAGAAGUACGGUGCUCGCAAAGACAUCAUCGUCCUGGGUUUCGGAAUGACAGAAACUUGCGCUGGGUGCGUAUAUAACGCAAAUUACCCGACGUAUGAUCGAGGACAAAAUCACCAACAUGUUGACGUUGGCAAAGGCGUCCCUGGGCUACAGCUGCGAGUGAGACUCUUAGAUGGCAAUUCUCCAUCUGCAUUCGCAAACGCCGGCCAGGUUGGGCUUCUGGAACUCUCCGGCGACGUAGUAUUUGACGGCUACUUCAACGAUCGCGGCUCUAAAGCGGCCGCCUUCACAAGUGAUGGCUGA